CCCAGAAACUCUUGAUUGGAGUAGACCGCAAUGUUGUACACAGGUAACAGUGUGUUGACACCAUUCUGAGCUAUUAUUCUUGGUUCUGCAAGUUCCCUGUGCUCUCGGUCGAGUAUGUCGUUUAGGAUUUCAACUGGUUCCUCUGGACACCAGAUUUCCAUCAGAUCCUUCGCAACCAAUUGUGCAAUGAGUAUGUCUCGUACAAACAGACCUGUGUGCUCCAAAUCGACGCUGCGAUUUAGCGCCGACGUCAAAGCGUAGAAUGUGUUGGCAAUUGUUUCCUCUUCCAAGGGAGAAUCCUGCGCAAGCAAAUACCGUUAUUGUUAUUGCAGCUAUGAUAGCCAUAGAUUUCACGUGAUUUAUCUAAAACUACACUCACUGCUGACAAAAUCAAGUCUUUUGCUCCUAUACCGGAUGCUGUGUUCGCUAGAACCGGAGUUGAAAGCAGGUAUUGCUUGAAAGCACUAGAAUGAAAAUUGACAUUAGAAUCUGCAUAGCUUGAUCUAACCGAGAUUCGCUCUUAUGUGUAACACAACUCACUAAAUACAUUCUUGAGGUGCUAGAGGUAACGACUGACUCAAAUAAUUAUCGAUUACUAGAGAAACUAUUUCUCUUCCUUCAUCAAUCAUCUCGCGAUUGUCAGUUAGAUCCAAUUGAGGAUCUUCGAUGCCGACUUUCUUCUGAUCUUCUUCCUCUCUUAUGACGUAAGAUCUGUGUAUAAAUGCUUGUUCGAGCAAAUCGGUGUCAAACUGUUCUGAAAGCCUAUUGUUGAAUGCAUAAAUUUCAGCAUCUCUAUUCCAAUCGAGAAACUUGCUUCUUGGAUUUGGCACUUGUUUCCCUUGAGCCCACUUUCGCUUUGUAAGCUCAAUUAAAGUCGGUCGAACAUAUCUUUUGAUGUAUCUUUGGGCUAGAAAAAGACAGCGUGAAUCAUUAGAAAAGUUCGAGUUGAUUGAAAAAACUCUAAUUUAACCCUGCCACCGCUGUCGCACAAAAACGUGAAACUUACACACGUGAUGAGUAAGGUUUAACUUCUGGCAGCAAGCUGCUAAUCGUGCAGCAGCACGUAAACUGUGCAUCUUCUCACUGGAUUCUAUCUACUUUUUACAGACGAACGAUUAUUUAAAUCGUGCAAAACAAUGAUUAUUCGCCGAAAGCUCUUACAGCACCGUCCAUAACAAUAGUGUACCCAUCGAACCGACACAGCACGAAGUAGGGUUAGAGUAAGGUUAGUUAGCGAGCGAACCAAUCGGAGCGCGAGAUGCAUUCAUGAAAAACGGACCGAAUUCGUGCUCCGUUCUGUCAGACUGUACGUCGCGAAUCUAUAAUACAUAAACGCGCACGGAUUCUUUGACUCUCAAGUCAUUAGCAGUGACGACAACUCGCUUGUCAAAGCAUAAAGACAUUGUUGUUAAAGUGGAUAAGCAUUAUCUUUCGACGAGUGAAAUACCAAGUGUACUGCAAGAAUUGGGCUUUUCAAAGCAUUCAACAUGUUUAAAUCCAGCCAAGAGCCUGACAUUCCAGCUGCGCUAGGUCCACUGAAUAAUUUUAGCACUGAUGAAUUAAAAGAUUUGUUGAACAAUGAUGACAAGUUUGAGGAAAUUAUCAAAGAUAAUCAACAGUUGUUGGAAUGGGAGUCUGAAAAGGAAGAAAUUAUGGUCAGGAAUCGAUCAUUAGCAGAAUUCAACUUGUCAAAGGAGCCAGAAUUGGAAGAAUCGAAAAAUCUAAUACAAUCUCUUAGCGAAGAAGGCAAUCAAUUGUGCGCAAGUGUGCAGGCAAAACUUGAACAGAUAACAAACAAAGCUGGGACAAUGACAGUCGACACUGCACUGGAUCUUUUACAAGCUGCAGCUGCAGAAAUUGAAGAAGAGUCGGAGAAAGUAGCAGAAAAGUUUCUGAGCGGAGACUUGGAGGUUGAUGAAUUUUUGGAACAAUUUCUCACGCGGCGCAAGAUCAUGCACAUGAGAAAGGUAAAAGUUGAUAAAAUGAGAGAGCUGAUGAGAAGACCAUCAGUACAUUCUUCCACAAAUCCUGGAUAUCCAAUAGCUGGAAAUUUCCCAGGAAUGCCAUCUGUUCCAUACCCAACUGGACCAUUGUCUAUGCCUAUGCCAGUGCCUCCAAUUUUGAAGCCAUUUUAGUUAAUCAGUACGCGUUUGUCUAUCUAUUCAACUUUUGUGGAUACGCUUGCCAAUCUGAAAAAUUUACACAGAUUCGCGGGCCUUAUAUUAUUAAGUUGAAAUGUGUUUAUUUUGAACAAAAUGUACAGUGAUACUGAAAUAUUUCACGUCAGUUAAUAUUCUGAAAAUUACGUUUAAUUUAAUGUACUUUUAUAUUGUUUUCUUGUAGCGAAUAGCAAACUCUGUAAAAAAGCAAUUAUUAUUAUUAACUGUUAAAAUACUAUCAGAUCAGCGUGUAAAAGUAAACAAAAUCAUUGUAAUUUAAAAAUACAAGACUAACUGUCACUGUGAAAAUCUUCACGUACUCGUUUAAGAUUUAAGAUUUAAGAUUAAAAUAUUUUUAUUUCUUCUGUACAAUAACAAGGCUCAUUAGUAUUUACAAAAUAAACAUAAGAGCUUUUUAAUAAAUAAUAUGUCUAAUAA